AGAGCAAAAAGAAAAGAAAAGGUAGUGGAAGAAAACUCCAGAAGAGGACUCUCUAUCCCUCUCCCGCCACUUGUGAGUCUGUAACCACCAUAACCACCAGCUCUCUCUCUCUCUCUCUCUCUUGAUUAAGACCUUGUUCGAGAGGUCUCUUUCACUGAAGUGGGGUUUUUGGUCGCCAUUUCUGGAAAAACCUGUUUCAUGGGCCGAGGCGAGAUGGGGAUGACCAGCGAUGACGUCGUAUUGAUCGAAAAGGGGAAGAAAGCCGACGAGCCAUACGUAAUCACGGUGAAUUGUCCUGACAAGACUGGCUUGAGCUGUGACAUUUGCCAUGCUAUUCUCGAAUUCGACCUCUAUAUGACUAGAGGAGAUGUUUCCACUGAUGGCAUAUGGUGCUACAUAAUAUUAUGGGUGAUUCCUCAUUCCAGAUCACAUGUUGUGAGGUGGGGCAAUUUGAAAGAGCGCCUUUUAUCCAUUUGCCCUCCCCUGGUACCAUCAUUCCACUUGUACCAGCCAUUGCCACGCAGUUCCUCUUCUCCCAUUUACUUGCUGAAGUUUUGUAGCCUUGACCGGAAGGGAUUGCUAAAUGAUGUUACUCGUGUUCUUGAUGAGCUCAAUCAUACAAUUCAGAGAGUGAAAGUGUCUACAACUCCAGAUGGAUGUGUUGUUGACCUCUUCUUCAUAACAGAUAACUUGGGGCUCUUACAUACAAAAGAGAGGCAAGACGUAUUAUGUGAGCGGUUGUACACUGUUCUUGGUGAAUCUUGUAUUAGUUGUGAACUUCAGUUAGCAGGGUCUCAGUAUGAUAACCUUCAGUGUGUUUCUUCUCUGUCUCCACUUGUUGCUGAAGAAUUGUUCAGAUUCACACUAUCCGACAAUGAAUCUCGUUCACAGGCUCUGAGCUUGGAUAUCAAGGAGUUGAAAAAGGCUAGCAUAAAUACUGACAAUUCUCUGAGCCCUGCUCACACUUUACUUCAGAUUAACUGUGUAGAUCACAAAGGCCUUCUUUAUGAUAUCAUGCGGACAUUGAAAGAUUACAGCAUCCAGGUAGCAUAUGGCCGUUUUUUGCCUGUAAAUAAAAGUCACCGGGAACUAGACCUAUUUAUUCAGCAUAAAGAUGGGAAAAAGAUAGUGGAUCCAGAAAAGCAAGAGGCGAUCAGCUCUCGGUUAAAGCUGGAAAUGCUUCACCCGCUGCGUGUUCUUAUCACAAAUCGAGGGCCAGACGUCGAGCUUUUGGUUGCUAAUCCAACAGAAUUAUCUGGAAGGGGAAGGCCAAGAGUUUUCUAUGAUGUUACUUCUGCCCUAAAGAGUCUUGGAAUCUGCGUGUUUUUGGCGGAAAUUGGAAGGCAUUCAGCUGCAGAACGUGAAUGGGAGGUAUAUAGAUUCCUUCUAGACGAAAACUGCAGCUUUCAGUUGUCAAGUACACAGGUAAGAAAUCAAAUUGUCGACAAGGUUAGGAGGACGCUGAUGGGCUGGUGAGCUUCUUUCUAUAAUUACAUCAUCUUGACAUUUCGAAUGUUGCAAGAGAAGAAGAAAAAAAGUCUUUUGGGUGUGUAUUCUAUUAGAUUAGGCAAACUUCCCCCCCUUCCUGUGCGUGUACAGUUCUUCUCGGCUUUCGUUUUAUUAUACAUGUAGAAAUAACUUGAUCAGUGAGUGUAUUUUUCAAUAAAUGUCUCUUCUAUUAAUCAGGAGAAGAUAUUGAUUUCUUGCUUCAAA